UAUAUCUAAACAGAGGUUAAUGCGCGCGCAUGGGUCAGUUCGGGUUCAUUAGGUUCAAAUAAUUUCAACUCUCGUGACAUCGGGUUUAAUCACCGCGCAGGUAGGAGUUUUGGAAGAACUGUAUAUAAAAGAAAUGGAAUUCCUUUCAAGAAACUUUCCUGUUACAAGUUUGCCAAAGGUUCGAUGACUAUGAGCGGACUGGAUUUAAGAAGAAUAAAGAUGCAGAUAAUCUCUGUGUUUAGUAAUUCAUAAAUUAGUCGUUGAAGAGAACAUGUAGUUAUUUUUCUACUAAAAAUGGUCACUUGCUGACCCUGGACCUUUAUUAAUAAUUUACUGUGAAUUGUUUGGCAAUAUAAUUUUAUUUUUAAAGUACAAUCCAGUACACCACAAUCAAGCUUGACACUUUUUAAAUAAGGAUGACAAGUGAAAUCAAACCAUUUCAGACACUGGCUAAAUUCAACUGUCAGAAAUGCAGAUUCUCAACAAAAGACCCAAAAAGGUACAGAACACAUGUGUCUAUUCAUAAUGACAUCAAGUUUGCCUGUUCACAUUGCAGUUAUGUAUCCUACACAAAAGGGGACUUUCAGAGACAUUUGGUGACGCACACCGGCAAAUUCCCUUAUACGUGUGAAUACUGUGGUUAUGGGGCUGUUCGUAAUGAUUACAUUGUCAAGCAUAUCAAAAGAAUUCACGGUGAUGGCAAAAUACAGUGUUCUGUAAGUGGCUGUGAAAAUGACUUAAAAAAUGCAUCCGUUAAUUUAAUGCAAAGUCAACUGCAAAACGACCUACAAGAAAUUUUGCAGACAAAACCCUCUGAUGUUAUAGAUUUAACAGAUGAUGGUGCCACUCAAAAUUCAGUGGAUUCAAACGGCAAUAAAGUAAGUGCUGUUCAGGGGAGUCUUGUGGAAGUUGAAGUAAUGUCUCCUGUACAAGAGCAAUUGUGUCCGGGAAUGCCUAUAACUGUUGUUGCACCAUCAGCUUUCAAAGUAUCAACCAACUCUGUCGCUCAGAUUGUGGAUGUAAGGCCCAUUAAUGGUACAUACCGCUUAUUCUUAAAGUGUCUCAAAAAAGUGGACCCAGAACUGGUAGAUUCAACAGAUAAUGAAAGUUAUGAAGGCAAAUACUCGGAGAAUAAUCCCAAUUCUGGUGUAACAACUGGAACACCUUCAGCUCACACAACUGUAUGUUCAUUGGGAAGCGAUGUUACUCUGAAUUACAGUUUUGAGCAAGCUUCAAGCAAAGCUGUUCUUAGUACAGAGGAAGCUUCUAAUAACACUUCCAUUUGUUUUCAAACACAUGUUGCUACAAACAAGCAGAUCAUUGUGCAGUCUGUCACACAAGAAAAUCCUGGCGGCCCAGUUUUAGAAGGACCGUUUAUUUCUUCUGUGUUUUCACUUAGUAGUAGCUCACAAAAUAUCCUGGAAGGCAUACGCUGGGAAACCAACCCUGCCAGUAGCAGAGAAACAAGGCCACCUCAAGACACAAGUGAAACCUUAAACACCGCUCAAAGGCAACCAGCUAAGUUACCAGUUGAUGGAAACACAUCUGAAAAUAAGUCGAAUCAACAUUACGACAAACACAGACAACCCUAUGAAUUAAAACAAACUGCUGGCCCUGAAACACCUAUAACAAGUGUUAAAUCAUUACCGGUCAGUGAUUCGUUUGAAACGCAAUGUUCUCCCUUGUUAAACGGUGGGAAAAUGAAUAUGCAUAAAGCUCACCCGAAAGAAACCAAUGUCUGUGUAAAACCGCAAACCCUUUUUCUGUCAACCGACAAAUCGGUUGUCAUGCAGCCGGUUACUUGUGCUGUACAAAAUGAUCCUAAGCUGUCCGUGAAAUCCAACACUUGUGUUGCAGCAACUAAACAACAACAGAACAUACAGCUCAUUGAUGCUGAUAGAACUAAUGCAAUUGGUAGGAAUGGUAAAACGCAGACUUCUACUGACAAAUGGCACUUUCCAAAGCCGUCCUUAAAACUGAUAAAAAAGCAAAGCUGUGGAGAGAGAAAUUAUUCUAAGCCCCGGGGAAAAAUGCCUUUCAAACCUUCACAAACUCUCAGGCUUUUGCCUGCUAAACAUGAUCAGUUACUGCAAAGUCCUUCCUAUAACCAGCCAGUGGUUGUAUUAAAUCAUCCAGAUCUGGAUACAUUGGAGAUUAUCAGUGUUAUGACCACUAUCCAUAAAUUUAAAGGAAAAGUCCUUAAAGUAACACUGUCCAAACAAAUGUGUUAGCCAAAAACGUUUGUGUAAUCAAACGUCUUUUGACCUAAGAUAAGAAAUAUGUUGUGUAAUUUUAUUAUACAGCUGUUAAGGUGUUUGUCACUAGAACUCUUGAUAGAGAUGUCAUCAGUUUUUUUUUUUUUUUGGUUUUUUUAAACAUCUGACCUCAUAAAAUGUUAAAUUUAGAUGCCUACAUUUUUUUUUAUUAGUACAUGCACCUACGUUAAAUGUGCCUUAAAUGAAUUUUCAAGAAAUCUUGUCGGGGAUUAUAAAUCUAUAUUGGGACUUUUUUUAUGCUGCUCCAAUAUGUACCAGCUGUUAGUUUUUCACCGGAAAAGUAUUUGUUGCCUAUGUAUAUAGACCCAGACACAUGGAUUCCUGGUUUUAGGGAUAUACUAUUUUGUGUAAUUCUGCACUUGUGAUCAGGGUUAUUCUGUUACUUAAAGGAAAACUAUACCCCCAAAAUGAACACUUAAGCAACAGAUAGUUCAUAUCAUAUUAAGUGGCAUAUUAAAGAAUCUUACCAAACUGGAAUAUAUAUUUAAGUAAAUCUUGCC